AUGGAUCCUGCCGCGGGGGCAUCUGGGACUAUUAAAUCACUGAAAUGGAAAUUAAUAGAGGUUUUCGAAGUGAAUGCAGAUGGUCUGUUGGAUGAACUCUCUCUGUAUCUGAUAUCUCUAGAAGAAUACAUUAACCUGAAGGCAGCUGAAAGCCCGGUAGAAAGAAUAGAGAACAUGUUGAACCUCAUACUUGAGAAAGGAGAACCGGCCUGCGAGAAAUUCCUCAAACACCUGGAGAACAUGAUACCCAGGUUUCCAAAGUUACAGAACCUUUCAGGACACUUCCCAGAAAACAAAGCAAAGAUAUUUGAAGAUCUCCUGGUGCAACUGGGAAUGACAAACUACAUCAGCGAGAAGCUCAAAUUGAAGAAUAUUCUGAACAUUGGAAAAAAGAAUGUAAUGAUGGACAUUAAUCCCCAGUGUGAACAAGACAUUCUCUGGUAUUUCUUAAAGAAUCUUAUUGCUCUUAAUAGGAAUGCCAGAAAUAUUCAUUGUGAGACAGAUCCCUCUAAUAUGGAAUCAAGUGUAGAUAGCGAUGAAAAUGAUGAUCCAUUUGGAAGUAUUAAUUUUGGAAACAAUGAGGCAGAUUCAAUUAACCCCCUGGAUGUUCUGUGUGUUCUCCUGCAUUGUUCAGAUAUUUUUUUACAGCAGGAAAUUCUAUCUAAGAUGUCCAUGUGUCAGUUUGCUGUCCCUUUGCUGAUCCCUGCUGGUGAUGGCUCAAACUGCACCCUCAUGUUAUGGGCAAUGAGAGAUAUAGUGAAGAAGUGGAGACCUCAGUCAUUAGCAGACAGUAAAGGGUUUAAGGAAGAAAAUUUGGUAGCCAUUGAAAUGCCAACCUUCUCCUUUGUCAGACUGGGGAAAACCAAGUUAUCCAAAUCUAAAAUCUUGAAUCAGGUUCUCAGCCCAGCUCAACAACAUAAUGACUUUUUCAUACAUGACAACAUGGAAGGAGGGAAUAUACAGAGGAAAUUAUCAGAUGGACUAGUGGAAAUGUCCUGGUAUUUUCCUUCUGGGAGUAAAGGUUCGGACAUUUCCUCUGACCCGAUUGCAGUGACCAAUCUCCGAGGAGACCUGGAGUCUAACUGGACACAGUUCAACUUCUUAUCCCGAAUCUCAUCAGCUGUGUUUAUAUUUAUUGAGAGCAUCGGGGAGAGAGAAUUCAGACUGUUAUCAAACUGCGAUAACAAAGACACAGAGUAUUAUUUCAUCAUCACUCCGAGUCCUGGGAAAGAAGUAAGCAAAGAGACAAUUCAGAAUCUGAAAAAAUUAAAGUCUCUGAUGAAGACUGAAAAAAACAAUAUUAUAUUGAAGAAAAGCUCAGACAAUGAUUCAGCGGUGGUGAAACAGAUAAGGACCAGCAUUCUUUCUGCUAUGAAAAAUUCUUCCAAUAAAAUAAUGAUUAAAACUAUGUGGACUCAGGCCAGUGAGCUUUGUAUCUGUGUAGACGAAGAUUCUAUGGAAUGCCGUAAUGCCAGAAAACAAGCUGAGAAUAUUACUCGGGAGAUAACAGAUGUGGCUCAGUAUAAGAAAGAAACAAUGUGUCUGCAAGGAGAUCUGUGGAAAAAAAUAUCUAAAUUAGAAAAAGAAAUGUGCAGACUGAGAGAGCAGGGAGCAAAAGAUACACAAGAAUAUCUGGAUGACUUAAAUCAUCAACACAGCAUACUGCAUAAGAAGCAACAUGCUCAUGAUCUUCCUACUGGUAUAAUGCUGUUUAUUAAUGCCAUUGUUAAUUUACCUUAUUCAGAGAAACACUAUUUUUUGAAAUGGCUAAAAUUUGAUCUUGAUGUAAUUGCUCGGAAUAAUCUGGCUGAUUUACAGGCAGAAUACAAAGAGAAAUGUAACAACUCAUCAAAGAAUCUGGAUGAACUAAAACAGCUAGAUCAGAAAAUAUCUGACAGCUCACUGGGGAUCGAACAUUUCCUGCGUGAGAUGGGGCAGUUUUAUGAGGCUGAAUGUUACAUGUCAAAAGAAAAACUAAUUCAGAAAGACAUGAGACAGUUUACCAAACUCCCAGGAAUAGCUGCUGAUCUCCUGCUGGAUGGGUUCCCAUUGGAGCUGAUUGAUGGAGAUGCCUCUAACAUCCCCCUGCAGUGGAUAACUGAUGUCCUGACUGAGCUGGACACCAAGACAGGAGGACAAUGCAGAAUGAGAGUGAUCACUGUGCUGGGAGUUCAGAGUACGGGGAAAUCCACCCUUCUAAACACCAUGUUUGGUUUGCAGUUCCCGGUGGCCAGUGGUCGAUGCACACGAGGAGCCUAUAUGACAUUUAUCAAAGUAGAAGGGGACUUCUUAGAAGAGCUGGGCUGUGACUUUAUUCUGGUUAUAGAUACGGAAGGUCUGAAAGCUCCUGAAUUGGCUUCUCUGGAGGGCAGUUAUGAACAUGAUAAUGAACUGGCAACGCUAGUGAUCGGGCUGAGUGAUAUCACCAUAAUUAACAUGGCCAUGGAGAACACGGCAGAAAUGAAAGAUAUUCUGCAGAUUGUGGUCCAUGCAUUUCUUAGAAUGAAAGCAAUAGGAAAGAAACUGAAAUGCCUGUUUGUUCAUCAGAAUGUGAGUGAUGUGUCUGCUCAUGAGAAUAAUAUGAGAGACCGAAAGAAGCUGCUGGAACAAUUAGAUGAAAUGACAGGUAUUGCAGCAAAGAUGGAAAACAAAAUUGGAAUUACAAAAUUUAGUGAUGUGAUGGACUAUGACAUUUCGAAGGACAGCUGGUACGUUCCUGGUUUGUGGCACGGAGUCCCACCUAUGGCUCCAGUAAACACUGGCUACAGUGAAACCGUUUCUGAACUGAAAAAGUAUUCAUUAGGAUUUUUGAAAACCUGCAGAUCUUUAAAUACAUCUUUGAACAUUAAAUACUUUAUCUUAUGGGUAAGCAGUUUGUGGAAUGCACUAAAACAUGAGAAGUUUAUCUUCAGUUUCAGGAACAGUCUCGUGGCUGAAGCUUAUAACAAGUUGUCCAUACAGUUCUCUCAAUGGGAAUGGGAUUUUACCAAAGCCGUGCACAGCUGGGUGAUUAACACAGAGACACAGAUUAGGAAUCAGUCAGCAGAUACAUUAAACACAGAAACAUACAAAGGAUACAAGAACAAUCUGCAAACACUGCUGUGCAAGGAAGAAAAUAAAAUGUCAGCAUCUUUAGAAAAAUACUUUGAGCAUGGAACUGAGAACGUGCAGCUCAUUGAAAACCACAGAGAGGACUUCUUUCAGAGCGUAAUGUUUCUAAAAAAGGAGCUUGAAAGACAUGCUCUCAAUAAAUGUACUGAGGCUCUAAAUAUCCAGAAAGGGAAACAUGAGAUUCAGUCUAUUCAGAAUCAAUAUCAGAAAUUGAUUGAAGAGAAAGUUAUUAAUCUCCUGAAGACAUGCAGAGGGAGAAAGCUCAGUGACAGAGAGUUGGAAGAGGAGUUUGAGACCAUGUGGACAAAGACAAUCUCAGAUUUAGAGACUGUGCCUUUAAGGGAAUGUGAUAUAAACCAAUCAAUUAUCUGGCAAUUGCGCAAUAACAUGAGCAAGAAAGGACCUGAGAUAAACGAGAAAUUACUCAAUGCAAAUUGUUUAGAUCAAUACAGAAACCAAACAUUUAAAAUGGAUAAAGCAUAUAUUGAUCGCUCUUUCUCUGAUAAAGUAAAAUCAAUAUUUAUAAAACAGGAUUAUUAUGAUAAGAUAUCACAGUUUGCUGUCUCUCUGAUGGAUCGUUGUGAUCAAUAUGUUACAGAAAAGGUUAGUAAAGGGUCAGACUAUGAUGACACUUACUGUCAGGAAUUGUUACGUAUGAUCGAUGAGAGCCUUUCUAGUAAGAAUCAGGAUCAGCUUCACACUAACUUGGCAUUUGAGUUAGAUAUCAAACUUCAAAUCUUUGGCCGAGCUACUCCUAGGUUCCAGGAGAUGCAUAAACGGUUUAUUCAAGAAAACGACCCAAAGCUUUGCUUAGAAAAGUUGAAACCUCAGUAUCUUUCAACUUUUCUCAAUAUUUUCCAAAAAAAAGACCAAUGUCAGGAGAGAGCAAAACAAUUCUGUGAUCUCUGUCUGAAGCCAGCUUUAAUCGAGUACAUUUACAAACAUCUCGGGAAAGAAAUAGUGGAUGAUGUUUUAAAGAGUUCUGACAAUAUUAUAUUUAACAGUCGAUCCUUUUUCCAGGCUGCCGUACUAAAGGAUUUGUUAGAGAAAGAAGAUUUUCAAAACUUUAAAAAUUACAUUGGAUCAUAUCAAAUAUUUUUGCAAAGCUGGACAUUAGAACGUAUCUCUGAGAAAUAUAAAGAAUUGUCACAGUUAGAACGUCUACAAACGAACAUCCUGUCUGAUAUCAUUAAAAAAGUACAAGAUCUUCUGAAGAGUAAAAAAUGCCUGAAAAGUCCCAAUGUUGAACAUUUGCUGGGAAACCUUUGUGAAGAAUUAAAAAGUGAUUUAGUAAUUUCACAGAAUCAAAUGAAUAUUGUCACUUUUGGGAACAAUGCGGACGUUAAGCAGUUUUCUGGUGACAUUCAGAGUUUUCUUUCAGAAACAGAACAACAAAUUCUGUUAGGGAUUAAAGGUUUGGAUGUUAAAUCUAUUCUCUCCAAGGUGACAUUGAAACCAGAGAAUGAAUUACUGAAGAAGGUGAUGGGAUGUGGGAAGCAGUGUCCGUUCUGUAGAGUCCCCUGUGAGGCCGGAGGUUCUGAUCAUAAAGAGCACUUUGCAUCCAUUCACAGACCUCAAGGAUUAGGAAGAUAUGGAUUUCACGAUAGCAAGGUUUUAUGCACAGACAUAUGCUCUACUGAUGUUGUGUCUAAUACGGCAUCAUUUAGAAAUUCAGAUACAGAAUUGAAAACUCACUUAUACAAGGAAUAUCGCACAUUAUACCCAGACUGGUCCAUCCAGCCUGAUCCCAGCAUUGAGUCCUCUGAUUACUGGAAAUACAUUUUCAUGAAGUUUAAUGAAGAGUUUGCCAAAGAAUAUAAUGCCGAACCUGCUAAACUGCCAGAUGGAUGGAAACAGAUAGACAGAGAACAAGCUCUGAGAAGCCUGAAGGAAGUGUUUAAUAUGAAAUAAUAAUCUUGGUUAAUUGGGUCACAUUAUCCAACUUGACUAAAACCAUUUCAUCUCAUUAAUUUGGUUAUAGUUUCUGUAGUCUCCUGGCACUGUUCCUCCAUUCAGUGUUAAACAAUUUUUAAGCAGUUUAUAUUUGAAUAAGGUUUCCUGACACCCACAGUC